AUGAGGCGAGUUGACGCUAUAACUUCUCUUUUUUGGAUUUCAGGAGCCAUGAUCAUGCUGCCUGCUGUGAUAUCAAUGGAAUACUACAUGGGCCGACAAGUGGAUAGCGAUAUCGACAAGUAUGUCACCAAAGAAAACAUGAACUUUGCAGGCUCUGGAUGUCAGCGCUGGCAGUUCAAGUUCCAGAAGACUUUGCAAUUGACGGUGGAAGACUUUCUUGAUUAUGAUGAUUGUGAGACGAUGUGCAGAGUUGUGUUCAUGCCCUACGGAAAAUUUACCGGAGUGUACCAGAGCCAACCGGUGGAUUACCGUGAGAAAUUUUCCAAGCACAGCGGAUUACCGGAGCCAACCGACUUCCAAACUUGCACACCGGAGGAAAACCAGCGGAUAUGGAGAGGCGGAUCACUGAGCCACGCCAAAAGGCAGACAACACACAAGUCAAUCACUGUUAUCAAGCGAACAGAGGCCAACAUCCGCUCAUCAUCAAAUCUAGAAGCUAUUUAUACUGAAUUCGAUAGCCCUCAGCUACCCAUAAAGAGUGCUUCUGCUCUCGUAAGCGUCGUUUUCGCUUAA